AUUUCCACACACAGAGUGAGAACAGUCUUUCUGCUGGGUUUGUGGUAUGUUGGUUUUGCUUCUGUUUCUAAUGUGAGGAGCUUUUUAAAAGAAGCUGAUCAGUAGCAGGAGCCAUUUCUGACUGUUAGCUGCUGGACAUAUGUGCAUGCCAUUUAAUAAAUACACACACUGAACAGUAAGGAGACAUGGAAGCUGUGCUGGGAUUAAUGGUGAUUCUCCUGGGACUGUCUCAUGGUGUGGAAACUCACUGUGAUGGCAGACAGGAUGGAACUCAGUGUUAUGGAGCUUUGGGAGGAACUGUGGACAUCCAGCUGAUGGACAGCACCUCAGAAAUAGCUGGAUACAACCUGUUAAAGAAUUCAUUAGUAAUACUAGUUGUCAGAAAUAAUAGUGUUAUUUUUAAUACCAUAGCACACAGGUCUCUCUUAUUUCCCAGUAAUGGAACAUUUAGGAUCAAUAACCUGAGCAGGAAUGACAGUGGUGAUUAUACCCUUCAAACCUUUGAGUCAGAUGGAAGAUCAUCAGGCAUGUGGACUUUACAGUUGUUUAUUCAAGCUCCUGUGUCCUCUGUCCUGCUGGUCUCUGAGUGUCUGUCCCAGGGAGAGAGGAAAGUGUCCUGCUCCUCUGAGGGAGGGGACAGUCCUCAGUACAGUUGGACUCUGGAUGGACGCACACUGACAGAUGCUGAGUUCCUUUCUGUAAAUAAUGAGGAUAACAUCAUUAUUCUGAAACAGCACAUCUCAGGACAUCUGGUCUGCUCAGUCAAGAACAACGUCAAUAGUGUCUCCAAAGAACAGAAGAUAUCUGCCUGUGGUGUGGGAACUUACUGUGAUGGCAGACAGGAUGGAGCUCAGUGUUAUGGAGCUUUGGGAGGAACUGUGGACAUCCAGCUGAUUGACAGCAUCUCUGAAAUACCUCGAUACGACCUGUUAAAGAAUUCAUUAGUAAUACUAGCUGUGAGGAGGAAAAAGGUUAUUUAUAAUACCAUAGCACACAGAUCUCUCUUUUUUCCCAGUAAUGGAAAAUUUAGGAUCAAUAACCUGAGCAGGAAUGACAGUGGUGAUUAUAUCCUUCAAACCUUUGAUUCAGAUGGAAGAUUAUCAGGCGAGCGGACUUUACAGCUGUUCAUUCAAGCUCCUGUGACCUCUGUCCUGCUGGUCUCUGAGUGUCAAUUCCUGGGACAGAGGAGGGUGUCCUGCUCCUCUGAGGGAGGGGACAGUCCUCAGUACAGCUGGACUCUGGAUGGACGCACACUGACAGAUGCUGAGCUCUCUUCUGGAAAUAAUGAGAGUAACAUCAUCACUCUGAAACAGCACAUCUCAGGAGAUCUGGUCUGCUCAGUCAGGAACAAUGUCAGUGACGUCUCCAAAGAACAGAGCAUAUGUACUUGUGAUAUUUCCUUGCCUAUAUGUGGCUUGAGAGCUGUUGUGGUAAUUGUCUUAUUAAUUGGGAUUUCCAUCUACUUUACUUGGAAGAAAAAGAAAAAUGAAAAAGCUGAAGCCUCUGCUGUCCCGCAAACAGAAUUCCCAGAAAACUCUGUUUUGAUGGUCGAAAUGAGAAGUUCUGCAACUUAGACCAACACUAAGUUGCAAAUUUCAUCUAGUGAAGCUAUGAGUGUUUUUGGAUUUGGAUUCUGUGGAAACUAAUAGAAAAAAAGAUGUAAGAAGAGUAGUCCAUAGUCAUUUGCCACUUUUUUUCUAGGUAAAGCUGAAAUUAGAUAACGCUAUAAACAAAAAGAAUCAGCCCACUUGUCACUGCUGUUUAUACUAAAUUUUAUUUCAGCAAUCUUAAACAGUUUUUUAAAUGAUGCUUUCUGUCUUUUCUUUGGGAAUUUGUUGAAAAAACGUAUUCAGCAUUUUGGAGAGUUAAAUAUGUUUUUGCCAGUGUAUUGACAAAUAAAUAAAGAUGUAAAUACUGUUCGCUUACUGAAGUGAAAAUCCUAUAUCGAAAUAUGAUGUUAUAAAAUAAGUUUACAUUGUACUAAAGAUUGCAUUUAAUUUAGUAAAUAUUCAUAUUGUAUACUUUGCUUUUACUUCUACUUCUACACUGCAAAAAUAAUUUUAUAUAACAUAUUAAAAUUCAUAGUGUACAUUAGGUGAUUUACAGACAUAGUCAUACACCUCUGUAAUGUUUGUGAAAACAAAUAUUUUAGUUGACUAAAUAAUCAUGCAUUAAACAGUAAAUGAUUUUUGUACUCAGUCUAUUUCAUGCCCAUGCUUAUCGUCACUG